GUCCAUAAAGAUUGCGUCAAUCAUGUCAGUUAUCUGUCAGUUGUUGCUAGCGAAAAUGCUUUUAAUUUAAAUCGACUUAAUUCUCAUUGAUUUCGCGAUGAUUUUCCACCGUAACACUAUUUAUUUCUAACCAUCGAAUCUAUUUUAACAUCCAUCAGCUUAGUUUGCGUUCAAACAUGUCGACGCUGCUCUAGCAUACAUAUUACUACGUUGGCGAGAUGGGGGACUUGAUCGACAUGACAUCCGUGUACAACAAUGUACCACACUAUCCUACGACGGUGGGAUGGCAGUACUCGAUGCGUCGCAACAUGCAAGAAAUAAUUCCAGGCCUAUUUCUUGGUCCCUAUUCUGUGGCCCAAAAGAACUCACAUAGCAUCUUGGUUGAACAUGGAAUUACACAUAUUGUUUGUGUAAGACAGAGCUUAGAAGCUCAGUAUAUUAAGCCACAAUUUGCUGAUUCUACAAUCAUUUACUUGACGCUCGAGAUCGCCGACCUGGCGACCGAAAGCAUUAUUUCACACUUUCCUAAAGUGAGGCAGUUUAUUGAUGAAGCACUAGGCAAGAAUGGCAAGGUGCUUAUUCAUGGGAACAAUGGUAUUUCGCGAAGUGCCACAUUAGUUCUUGCAUAUGUAAUGGAAAAAUUUGGUCUCAAUUGCAAGGACGCUUAUAAGUUCGUAAAAGACAGGCGCGCAUGCAUAAAACCCAAUGAGGGGUUUGUCGCUCAACUAGUAGAAUACGAACCAAUCUAUCGCGCGAGACAGAGCCUUGAACAGGGCGCUUCUUCAGGCACACAUCGACAGAAGCGGAAAAGUGAGCAACUGUCGGAGAUCGUAGAUAUAGAUUUAAUCCAACCUCCUCCUAGUCCAUCGACCGAUAAUUACCAAACUGACUGCAGGCCCGAGGAAGUCCACGAUAUAUCCAAUCAUUUCUACAGGCUGUGGCUUUUGAAAAGCUCCUAAAAACUACCUUGACACUUUUAGAUGUAAAUAUGACGAAGACGAACGCUAGAAAAUCAAGUGCAUUUGAUGGGAAUCCAUUGAUUUUUUUUGAUAGUGGUGCAUUCUUGUAAGUGUUUAACAUUUGUCAAUUGUUCAUUUGUAAAUAUGUAAAAACUAUUUUUUUAUUAUAUACAUACAAUAUAUUAUGCCGUACGACUAUAUGUAGGUAAGAUUUUAAUAAACUGUUUUAAUACUCCAAAAA